UUCGCGUUUGUGUAACUUUCAUUUUCUGAUCAAGAUCGAUAAAAUAAGAGCUAAAAGAAACAUGGAACAGGUCGUGUGUUGAGCCCAGGCUUUAAUACUCGUUAAUAUAAAACCGAGUGAAGAGAAGCGGUUCAGUUUGUGAAGUAAGUGGGCUGAAAGUAAGGUGAUGAGCCGCCCUGCCCCUAUGCAGCCUCAGAGCUGUGGCCCCUGGGAACUCAGGGAGAGACUUGGAACCGGAGGAUUUGGCAAUGUUACCAGGUGGCAGAACAAGGACAGUGGAGACCAGAUUGCUAUUAAGCAAUGCCGUCAAGAACUGAGCGCCAAAAACAAGGAGCGAUGGUGUUUGGAAAUCCAGAUAAUGAAGAGGUUAAAUCAUGAGAAUGUGGUAGCAGCAAGAGAGGUCCCUGAGGAACUGCAAAAAUUAGCCACCAAUGACCUGCCGCUGCUGGCUAUGGAGUACUGCCAGGGCGGAGACCUCCGCAAGUAUCUCAACCUACUGGAAAACUGCUGUGGAAUGAGAGAGGGCUCCAUCCUGAUCCUGCUGCGAGAUAUAUCUUCUGCACUUACGUACCUCCAUAAGAAGAGGAUCAUUCACAGGGACCUCAAACCAGAGAACAUUGUGCUCCAGCAGGGAGAGAAAAGGCUGAUACAUAAGAUUAUUGACCUGGGCUACGCUAAGGAGCUGGAUCAGAGCAGUUUAUGCACUUCAUUUGUUGGGACUCUUCAAUAUCUGGCGCCCGAGUUGUUGGAGCAGCAGAAGUACACAGUGACCGUGGAUUACUGGAGUUUUGGGACCCUGGUGUUCGAGUGCAUCACUGGUUUCAGACCAUUUCUCCCAACCUGGCAGCCAGUUCCUUGGCACAACAAGUUGAAGCAGAAGCAGGAGGACGACAUUGUGGUCUAUGAAGAUUUAAAUUCUGAGGUUCAUUUCUCCAAAAACCUGCCACACCCCCACAACCUUAAUAAGCUGUUAGCGAGCAAGCUGGAGCGCUGGCUGCAGUUGAUGCUGAGAUGGUCGCCUCAGACGAGAGGCAAAAGGUCCGCGGAGAGUGAGGAUGAACACGAGUCUGAGGACAAGGGCAAGAAAUCUGAGGAGGAAGGAAGAGAAUCUCAGACUGGACACAGUACCUGCUUUGAGGAAUUAGAACGAAUACUGGAGUUAAAGCUGGUCCAUGUGUUAAAUAUGAGCUCGGCAGAGAUCUGUACAUACUCGGUACAGCCUGGAGAAACUGUAGCAUCCCUGCAAAAGCGAAUCGCCCAGGACACACACAUUUCCCCGACCAAUCAGGAGCUGCUGCUGGAGGCAGGCCUUCCCCUGGAGCCACAUAAUGAGGUUAUGCAAUGUGCAGUUGAUUAUACUUCGAUUGACGGUCGUCGAGCCGAUGUGCAGCUGGUCUUCCUGUUUGACCGCUCCUGCUGCAGCUACGAACCGCAGUUCAGCCCACGGAUCCUCCCCGAAAACAUCCGCUUUGUCCAGAAGGAACCAAAGCACAAGCUUCACUACAGUCAUCAGAGGCGCACGUACGGCCAAGCCUGGAACACUAUCAGAGCGCUAAAGGAGGACUGGCUAAAGCUGCAGCAGGGCCAGAAAUCAGCUCUAAUGAGUCUGCUGAGGCAUAAUGGUCAGUUAUCCAAACAGAAGAAUGAGAUGGUGUCUGUGCACCAGAGGCUGAAAGCUACACUUGAAUUCUUUUCCACUAGUCUGCAUAUAGACAUGGACAAAUACCAGGAGCAGAGAGCUACCGGCAUAGCAUCAGAGAAGCUACUGAGUGUCUGGCGGGAAAUGGAGCAAACGGCACUUAACUGUGGCCAGACAGAGGAUGUGAAUAAGCUGGAGGGGGAGAUGAUGAAACUACAGACGGAUAUAGUCGAUCUUCAGAGACACUCAUGGAGGAGCGGUGAAGCUCUAGAGUCACUUGAGGGCAAGGCAAUGGAGUUAUUCCGAAAGCUCCGAGAGAAACCCAGAGAGCAGAGGUGCGUAGGCGAUUGUCAGGAGGUGGUGAAGUUAGUUGUCCAGGCGGUACAAUUCUACGAGAAGAAAAUCCGGGAGUUCUACACACACCUCAGCAACCUGGUGGUCUGCCGGCAGCGGGUGAUGGAGCUGCUUCCUCGGGUGGAGGGGAUGGUGAGCCACAUGGCUCAGUGUGAGCAGGAGCUGAGGAGUAUGCAGGAGAAGAGACAGAGGGAGCUGUGGAACCUACUUAAACUGGCUUGUAGCAAGGUUCGCAGUCCAGUUAGUGGAAGUCCAGAUGGAGGGAGAACGCCACUGUCCUCUGGUACUCCACCACUACAUCCUAGACCUCCUCAACCUAACACCCCUCCUCUUCUUCAACCACAGGAGGAGUCGUUAAUCAUAAUUGAGGAAAGCAAGACGUUCGAGAAUCGGUUGCAGAGUCUGGUGCAAGACACGAUUAAGGAAACAGAAACCAACCUACAGAUGUUGCAGAAAUGGACGUGGCUGAAUGGGAGCCAGGAUUUUCACUGAUACUGACAUUCCACGUUUCAAUCAUCCUAGUAGAAUAUGCAGAACUGUGUGUAUAGUGAACAGAGCGUUUUCGUUAAUUGUAGAACAAUCCUGCCUCUUACUGGAAGUAAAACCCAGUGCGACAGCAAAAUCUUUUAGAGUGAUCGUCUCGUAAAAAUCGAUUUCCGUAAGACCAAGUGAGCAAGCAGAUUUUCUGGCUAAGCUAUCAGUGCUUUAAUCAUAAAUACUCAGUGGACAAUUGAUUAGAAUGGUAUGGACAUGCUCAACAUUUGGUCAACCUGUGCUCCUUAUUGAUGUUUUUAAUUAAUACACUGUAUAUAUACACACACACACACACACACACACACACACACACACACACACUAUAUGGCGAAAAGUAUUCGGACACCGGACCAUGAGCUUGUUGGACAUUUCAAAAUAAAGAGAGUGACCUCUAUGUGUUCUUGUUAGAAGCCUGAAAGGUAGCUCAGUGGUUAAAGUACUGGACUAGUAAUCAAAAGGUUGCUGGUUCACCAGUAAGUUGCCAAUUGCUCAAAUAGUGUUUAGUCAUAAUUGUUGCUUUGCUAAGCGUCUGCUAAAUGCCGCAAAUGUACAUAGAAGAAUACCUGUUGGAAUUUGUGCCCAUUCAGUACAAAGAGCUUUCGUAUGGCUGGGCACUGAUGUUGGUCAAGAAAGAUUCAACUGAUCUUCUGGUUCAGUCAUGCACAGGAACAGGCAAUGACCUUCCCUAAACCGUUGCUGCUUUUACAAUUGUUGUUGCAAUUGUUGUUGCUGAAACACAUGAAUUCAACAAUUAGGAGGGGAUGUCCCAAUACUUUUAUCCAUAAAGUGUUUUAGAGUUAUGUCCCAUAUAUCUUAUAUAGGUCAUAGCAUCCUUUACUGUGCUUAAUCACUGGUGAGACUGGUAUGGAAGCCCAUAAUAUAGUAUAAUCCUAGUCUUCCAUACAGCUGGAGUUCAAAAUGUCAUUUUAUAUACAUUCUGUAUAGGUUAGUAAAGCAAACAGCAGGCAACAAACUUCAUUUAGCGACACGUGAGAAUCUGUGAGCAUUUUUAUUUCUUGUAAUGUUGUGAUGUAAAGUAAAUAUAAUCUGGUACUGUAUGGUUUACUGUGUAAUUGACUUUAUUUUUAUUGAUUUAAGACCAUUAAUCUAGCUGAUGCGUAUACACAGUUGAGUCACAUUAUUAUGACCACCAGCUAAUAUCCAGAGUAACCGCCGUGUGCAGCACAGACAGCAGCUAGGUCCCUUAGAUGCUCAACUGGGUUCAAGUCUGGGGAAUUAGGGGGCCAGGGUAGUACUUGGAAGUCUUGCUCAUGCUUCCAACCAGUGUGGCAUGUUGCAUUGUUUUGCUGGAAGAUCCUAUCCACCCCAGGGAGGACAAUCAGCAUGUACUGGUGUACGUGAUCUGCAGGGAUGGAUUCAUACCCAAAAUCAGUCAGUAGUGCCUUUCAUACCUUAUAUACCCUCACAAAACGUGACUUCCUUCAUUAGCCACGCACUGCAGCCAUCGAAAGUAGGAAGCGGUCAUAAUAAUGUGACUCGACUGUGUAUAUCAAAAUCCAUGCCCGUUGUCACAUUACACCAUGAAAAUAAAUAAAGUCUUAACUAUU